AUGCAGUCCCGAUUGAUGCCAUCCCUGCGCCGAACAUUCGCUACCUCCCGUGUCUUCUUGAGCCAAGCCUUCCAUUCCCAGCUUGACGACCCUGCCGCCGCCGCCCUGUUCUCGUCACUGCAGACCUCUAAGGCUACACCUCAAACCCUCACCGAGAAGAUUGUGCAGCAAUACUCCGUGGGCCUCGCCAAGGACAAGUAUGUCAAGUCCGGCGACUAUGUCACCAUCUCUCCCCAUCGCUGCAUGACCCACGACAACUCCUGGCCCGUAGCAUUGAAGUUCAUGUCCAUUGGUGCCUCCAAACUGCACGACCCAAACCAGAUUGUCAUGACCCUCGAUCAUGACGUGCAGAACAAAUCCGAGAAGAACCUGCAGAAGUACCAGCAAAUUGAGAGCUUUGCGAAACUGCACGGGAUCAUGGUCGAGGAGGGUUUCGCCUGGCCCGGUACAUUGGUCGUGGCCUCGGAUAGCCACAGUAACAUGUACGGCGGUGUCGGAUGUUUGGGUACUCCCAUUGUGCGUACCGAUGGCGCCAGUAUCUGGGCGACUGGUAAGACCUGGUGGCAGAUUCCCCCUGUAGCCAGGGUCAACUUCUCCGGUGUCUUGCCUCCUGGUGUCACUGGUAAGGAUGUGAUUGUUGCUCUUUGCGGUCUCUUUGGCAAGGAUGACGUUCUAAACCACGCCAUUGAGUUCACCGGCUCUGAGGAGGCCAUGUGGAGUCUCUCUGUGGACGACCGGUUGACCAUUGCCAACAUGACCACUGAAUGGGGUGCUUUAUCUGGAUUGUUCCCUCUUGACGGCGUUCUUAAGGGCUGGUUGAAGGCGAAGGCGACUACUGCCGCUAUGGGCCUGGCUGACGGUCCCUAUAAGACCAAGGCCGCUGAGCGAUUCACUCACCCCAUCCUGGACGAGCUCUUCGCCAACCCUCUCGUUGCGGACAAGGGUGCUAAGUACGCCAAGGAGCUCUUCUUGGACCUAUCUUCGCUUACUCCUUACGUGUCCGGUCCCAACUCUGUCAAGGUCGCUACUCCUCUCAGCGAGUUGGAGGCUGCCAACAUCUCUGUCAACAAGGCCUACCUCGUCUCUUGCACCAACUCGCGAGCUUCAGAUAUUGCUGCCGCGGCCCGUGUGUUCAAGGAGGCUGCGGAGAAGAACGAUGGCAAAAUUCCCAAGAUUGCGGAUGGUGUUCAGUUCUACAUUGCUGCUGCUUCUAUUCCUGAGCAGAUCGCCGCUGAGGAGGCCGGUGACUGGCAGAUUCUUCUUGAUGCCGGAGCUACUACUCUCCCGGCUGGCUGUGGUCCCUGCAUUGGUCUCGGUACCGGUCUGCUCGAGCCUGGCGAGGUUGGUAUUAGUGCCUCUAACCGUAACUUCAAGGGUCGCAUGGGAAGCACUGAUGCCAAGGCCUACUUGGGCAGCCCCGAAGUUGUUGCUGCCAGUGCCCUGAGCGGAAAGCUCUCCGGUCCCGGGGACGGUAUCAAGGAAGAGGACCGUAUGCUCACCAUGGAUGAGCAGCUGGAGAAGAUCAUCGGUCAGCUCGAUGACAUUGUGGCCGAAGGCGAGAAGAAGUUUGCCCCUGAGCCUACCGCUGACGCUGCUGUAGAAGAGACUCCUUCUGAUGAUGCCUUGACUGAUGUGUACCCGGGUUUCCCUGAGCGUUACACCUACCAGGACAACGUUCCCGUGGAGACCAUGGCCCAGGUCUGCAUGUCCAACUACGACACCGAGUUCUCAACUCUCGCCAAGGCCGGCGACAUCCUGGUCACUGGCUACAACUUCGGUUGCGGUAGUUCUCGUGAGCAAGCCGCUACCGCCAUUCUGGCCAAGCAAAUCCCUCUGGUCGUGGCCGGAAGCUUCGGCAACAUCUUCUCGCGUAACUCUAUCAACAACGCUCUGAUGGGUCUCGAGGUUCCUCGCCUGGUCAGCCGUCUUCGCGAGACCUUUGGCAACGACAAGGCUCUUACCCGGCGUACCGGCUGGACCCUGACUUGGGAUGUGCGCCGCAGCCAGAUUGAGGUGCAGGAGGGCGAGGGCGGUGCCAAAUGGACUCACAAGGUCGGCGAGCUGCCUCCCAACGUGCAGGAGAUCAUCGCCAAGGGCGGCCUAGAGCAGUGGGUCAAGAACGCUAUCGAGGCCUAA